CUGUUAUUUAGGUCUGUUACAGCAGACAGGGAGCAGCAAGCCCAAGGGCAGAGAGGAAGAGAGAGAGAGAGAGCGAGAGAGCGAGAGAGCGAGUAAAGACAGAGGGAGAAGUGAGAGAGAAUUGAGCCAGGCAGGAACCAGGACCACAUUCCAGCUAGUUAAGAGGAAAAAGGGGGAACUGGGAGAAGCGUGGGCUUUAGAGAGAGUGAGAGAGAGAGGGAGACAGAGAGAGAGAGAGAGAGGGAGGGAGAGAGAGAGAGACAGAGAAAGGGAGAGGGAAAGGAGGCAGCAGGCGAGAGACAGCAGCGCAGACCCGGGCCAAGGAAUUUUUGGACUGGGGAUUUCUGACUGGGGCUGUUGCUGUCACUGCUGCUAGGCUUGCUGUUGUGCCUCUUGUUGUUGUUGCUGUUGUCACUGUUUUAACGCAGUGACGUGAGGCAGCGAGUUGAGCCGAGCAGGAGGAGGAGGAGGAAGAGGAGGAGGAGGAGGAGGAGGAGGAGGAAGCUGGAAGCUGGACGGGAGAGCAGGCAGCCUGAUUGAGUUAGAGUUGGAUUGUUUUUUUUAACCCUCUUUUCCACACCAAGGAAGGGAGGUUUACAAGGAAGGAGAAAGAGAGAGACAGAGAGAAAGAGACUGCAAGAGAGAGAAAGAGAGAGAGAGAGAGAGGAGAAGCCACCAUGUUUGACUGUAUGGAAGCUCUGGGCAUGGGACCCCGCCAGCUCUAUGAUGUCACUGCUCGGGGUGCGUGCAUGCUGCGCAAAGCGAGCCCCUUCUUCGCGGGGCUGGACCCCUUCGCCUGGAGCGGCACGGCCAGCAUUCAGUCUGUGGAGACGCAGAGCACCAGCUCUGAGGAGAUGGUGCCCAGCUCGCCCUCCCCACCCCCUCCGCCGCGCAUCUACAAGCCCUGCUUCGUCUGCCAGGACAAGUCCUCCGGCUACCACUAUGGCGUCAGCUCCUGCGAAGGCUGCAAGGGCUUCUUCCGCCGCAGUAUUCAGAAGAACAUGGUGUACACCUGUCACCGUGACAAGAACUGCCAGAUCAACAAGGUCACGCGCAACCGUUGCCAGUACUGCCGCCUGCAGAAGUGUUUUGAGGUCGGCAUGUCCAAGGAAGCUGUGCGCAACGACCGAAACAAAAAGAAAAAGGACGUGAAGGAGGAGGCCGUGCUGCCCGAGAGCUACGAGCUGAGCGGAGAGAUGGAGGAGCUGGUCAAUAAAGUCAGCAAAGCCCACAAGGAGACGUUCCCGUCACUGACCCAACUGGGAAAAUACACCACCAACUCAAGCUCAGACCACAGGGUACAGCUGGAUCUGGGUCUGUGGGACAAAUUCAGUGAGCUCUCCACCAAAUGCAUCAUCAAAAUUGUGGAGUUUGCCAAACGCCUGCCCGGCUUCACCACGCUCACCAUUGCUGACCAGAUCACCCUCCUCAAAUCAGCCUGCUUGGACAUCCUGAUGCUGCGCAUCUGCACGCGCUACACCCCGGAGCAGGACACCAUGACCUUCUCCGACGGGCUGACCCUCAACCGCACUCAGAUGCACAACGCCGGUUUCGGCCCUCUCACGGACCUGGUGUUUGCCUUCGCCUUGCAGCUGCUCCCGCUGGAGAUGGAUGACACGGAGACCGGCCUCCUGAGCGCCAUCUGCCUGAUCUGUGGAGACCGCAUGGAUCUGGAGGAGCCGGAGAAGGUGGACCGGCUGCAGGAGCCGCUGCUGGAGGCUCUGAAGAUCUACGCCCGGCGCCGCCGCCCCAACAAGCCCCACAUGUUCCCCCGCAUGCUGAUGAAAAUCACAGACUUGCGCGGUAUCAGCACCAAAGGGGCGGAGAGAGCCAUCACCCUGAAGAUGGAGAUCCCGGGGCCCAUGCCCCCACUCAUCCGGGAGAUGCUGGAGAACCCCGAGGCGUUCGAGGAGCAGUCGGAGUCCGGCGAGAGCAAGGCCGAGCCGCCGCCGCCGCCACCCAUGGCCACGCCGCCGCCCAGCGGCCCGCCCAACCUCAAGCAGGAGCAGGAGGACGAGGACGACAGCUGGGCCGCCGAGAACCGCAGCGAGCCCUCGCCGGAGGAGGAGGACGACUACGAAGACGACGCGGGGGACGACGACAGGGCCUCGGACAGCGAGGGAGAGGCCUGGGGAGGGCUGGACACCAGCCUGGAACCCCCCAGGAAGAGCCACAUGGGCCGAGCCCAGUGAACUGAGAGAAAAAAAAACAUGUACACACACACACACACACUCUCAUAGACCCUUUUCUAAACCUCUGAAAACCCCUACCCCAACACACAUACACACACAUAAACCAACACACACACACACACACACAUUUUUGAUUUCCCCUGUCUGGGGAAGCAGUAGCCUUACUUGUAUAGAUUCUUUUUAACUCAGGCCAAAAUGGUCAGCGAUGAGUGACUUUGCAGUGAGACAAUACAAAAGGUGUUCUUUCGGAGAAACGGUCUACCUUAUGAACUGUACCAUAUGGUCAAGAGGGAAAACAUGAGACAAAACAACGGACUUUCCAGACAAAGCAAUUGUCUCUUUUCUACAUUUUUUUUCUUUUUAAAAUCAUAUUUGUAUCUAAACAGUGGAAAGGCCAAAACAAAAACACACCAACAUGAAAACAGUUAACACUGAUGGUUACCGACGUAAACACUUCCUAAGACAACUACAGGUCAAAACCAAACGGAAUAUGCUAUGUGCUAUUUUUUUGUCGUUGACAUUUUUCUGACUUUUUGUCAUUAUAUUUUAUGACUAGGCCCAUACAUAUCUAUAUAUGUUUAUUUUUUGCCUUUGUGUAAUAUCUCUUUUGUUAAAAGUUGUGUUUGAAUAGCGUUCCUACAGAGAGACAGAGACGGAUAAUUGACUCAUUGUAACUGGCAGACCUCUACAGAGUCUCACACUCAGUCAAUGGGCUGGGCUUCUGGGCACUUUGGGCUCAUUGUAGAUGUCAAUGAUAAUCACCUCAGUCGACCAUGCAUUGGGCACGAUGUCAACACCAUCAGAUCAGGCCAUUGGCAUUAUUUUACUCUUGUUUCCACCUUUGUAGAUCGGAGGGUGCUCUUCUUUUGUGUGUGCGUGUGUGCGUGUGUGUGUGUGUGUGCCAAAGUUAGCAGAUUGUACUCUGAUCAGAACGUGUAUGUUAUCAUCAGGGACCCCUGGAUUACAGACGCCACAGAUAAUGUCUCCUCUUUCUAAUGCCUUGAUUCAUCACUCAUCAGCCAUAUUAUGUGCACAAAAGCCUCCAAAGCACACAUUUGAACAGACUCCACUUACAUACUGUACAGUAGGGGUCUCGGGCACAGCUGUUCAUUCUCUUGCCAUACAUGUAGCACUUUUCCAAACCCUGCGGUGACACAGGGCCCAGUGUGUGCGCAGUGGAGAGAGGAGGCAUGAGGUUUGCUGCAGGACAGGACACUAAUCUCCAGGACUGCACAUUCAGGACUCGGCUUAAAAAAUGUCAUCCAGUGCUCUGGCAAUCUUGUAAAGGUGCUGGAUUUUGGGCAGCACUCCAGUAUAACAUAUGCACAUACAUGGUAGCUCAGACACACACACACACACACACACACACACACACACACACACACACACACCAUCAUCAUCGUCAUCAUCAUCUUUAUCAUCAUCAUCAUCAUCAUCAUUUUGUAAAGCUGUCAGAUGGACGUAUUCAGACUCAGGGUAUCUCUAAGGACCAAACUCUAGCUGUCAAGACACAAGCUGGAAACAGGCAAUAUUUUUUUUGCAUGUGGUUUCAACACAGUGCAUAUAAUCAAGGAGUCCCUCAAAUGAACAUUAGUGUAAUAGCUUGAAAAAUGAUCUGCCAACACAAAAGUAACAAAACCAUCACUCAAAGUAUUUCUCUUUUUGAAUGCAAAAUGUCUCUAUUUGUGCAUCAUCAUCCAUCCUUGACAAGAGAAACAGAAAUAAUCAAGUUGCAGAUGGCCCCUUUGACUUGACGUCAAAGUUCUGGCCCAACAUUUAAGCAAUACAAAGAUAAUCAGGAAUUCCAGUGUAUUUUUAUGUGAACUGGCAGACUUGUUGUUUGUGUGAGUGUGUGAGAGAGAACAUGUACAAGCUGUAGCCUUUUUUCCUCCAAUUGUCUGUGAACAUCCAUGGGCGUGUGUGUGUGUGUGUGUGUGUGUGUGUGUGCGUGCGAGUACGCGUGUGUGUGUGUGUGUGUGUGUGUGUGUCGAUGCUUUUGUGACGUGUGAGUGAGGAACAUUCACCUCAUCAGCAGCCACUGCAGUCUAUUUUCUGGCAAGACAUUGCCAUCAUGCAAAACGAAUGUUGAGAUUACGUUGUUCUAUUUUCUCAUUGUUGUUGUCGUCUCUGUUAUUUGAACAUUGGCUGAGGUCGACUGUCUGUUCCUCUGCUCAUGCCAACCAACUCUGUCUUGUAAAAAGAAAAGCCAUAUAAAACAGUAAAAGGCACAAUAAACAACAUUUUUUUGUGAGA